AUGUCCCCCCAAGCCACAACGCAGCCUCUACGAGUAGGGAUCAUCGGCGCCGGCAUCUCAGGGCUAACAAACUAUAUUGCUCUGAUUGAACUUGAUAAUGUUCAAAUCAGCAUAUAUGAACAAGCCCAGGAACUGAAGGAGAUUGGUGCCUCUAUCGGACUUGGUCCGAAUGGACUGCGGGGACUUCAAAGGCUCGGCGUUCAUGCUGCCUUGAAUGACAGGCUUGGCAUCCGAAACCCUUCGACCUGGCCCAUGAUAUACAAACACUGGAAGACCAACGCAGUUCUGGGCUAUGACACGCACCAGGAUGUUCCCGACCGGCUGCAUCACACCGCACGUUUCCAUCGGGCACAUCUCCAAAAGGUUCUUUUGGACGCUAUCCCGAAAUCUGUUAUCCACCUGAAGAAGCGAAGUGUUGGUUUAGAACCAGACCAUGACAGUGUCACUAUUAAUUUUGAAGACGGCACUUCCGUCACGCAGGACUUGGUUGUUGUUUCGGAUGGCAUUCAUUCGGCCAUCCGCCAACAACUUUUGCCGGAUCACAAGAACUUCCUGACAGGUUGGACUUCAUUUCGUGCUGUUUAUGACGUGUCUUUAUUGGAAAGAUUCCGGGACAGUCAAGAAGUGGAGAUACCCACAGAAGCUCUCCAUUACGUUGGCCCCGAUCGUACGUUCUUUACGACUCCUCUCGGGGGGAAUUUGAUUGCCGUUGUUGGUGGUUACGCAGCUGCGCAGGCAACAGACAAUGAGCAGUGGAAUGUUGCCAGUGCAGAUCACCGACAAAAGUUCAUGAAUCUAUACAAGGUGAGCAAGACUAAACACCCCGCUGGACGACUCCAGGCUAAGAAUAAACAGCAUUGGGCCCCUACUGUAAGGGCCCUGAUCGAGACUGCCCCAUCAGUUCGGUCUUAUCCUGGCCACUCUGGAAGCAUAGCGCGGCAAUGGGUCUUCAACAGUCGAAUUGUUUUGACCGGUGAUGCAGCGCAUCCAAUAGGCCAUGCAGGUUUCGGAGCUGGUAUGGCCAUUGAUGAUGCACUGGCCCUAUUCAUGGCUCUCGAGAGAAUUCAACUGAGUUCCGAAACUAAAGGUACUGUCUUGGAGAACGCGUUGAAUCUAUUUCAAUCCGUGCGAAAGCCACAUGCAGACCGUUUGGGCGAUUUCUUGGCCCGGACAGGCAAAGCAAAGUCUAUCUAUGGGAAACAUCUUUCUGAGGAACAGAUCCUAGAGUGGGUGAAUGGUCGCGAGAAUACUGCUUGGAUUCAUGAGCACGAUGUCAAUGUCGCCUUUGGAUUGGCGGAUGCCUUGUCACUGUAA